CCUGAGGGCCAGACUGCGGGCCGGAAAGGGCAGCAUCCCCGCCAGUGUUCGUGAGGCUGCCCACGGAAGGCUGACACCCCCACGAGAGCUGUCCAGUCCUCUCGGCCCACGGGCUCGGACAGCUUUGGGUGGCAGAAGACUGGGAGCAAAGAAAAGAGGGUUUUCCUUGCCAGUGAAUCCUGUAGGGUACACUGCCAGUCUCUUGUCUUCUCUUCACCAUGGCUUCUUCUGAUAUCCAGGUGAAGGAACUGGAGAAGCGUUCCUCAGGCCAGGCUUUUGAGCUGAUCCUCAGCCCUCGAUCAAAAGAAUCUGUCCCAGAAUUUCCCCUUUCCCCUCUCAAGAAGGAUCUUUCCCUGGAGGAAAUUCAGAAGAAAUUAGAAGCUGCAGAAGAAAGACGCAAGUCCCAUGAAGCUGAAGUCUUGAAGCAGCUUGCUGAGAAAGGGGAGCGUGAGAAAGAAGUGCUUCAGAAAGCGAUAGAGGAGAACAACAACUUCAGUAAAAUGGCGGAAGAGAAGCUGACCCACAAGAUGGAGGCCAACAAAGAGAACCGAGAGGCACAGAUGGCCGCCACGCUGAAGGACAAGCACAUUGAAGAAGUGCGGAAGAACAAAGAAUCCAAAGAUCCUGCUAAUGAGACUGAAGCCAACUAACUUGUUCUGAGAACUUUCUCCCCCUCCCCUUCCUAAAUAUCCAAAGACUGUACUGGCCAGUGUCCUUUUACUUUUGCCCUCCUGACAAAUAUUCUAGAAGCUGAUGUAGGACUGUAUAAGUAGAUCCAGACGGUAUGAUGUUGUUUUAGGGGCUAAAGGGGAGAAACGAAAAGUGUUUUACUCUUUUUCUAAAGUGUUGAAGUCUUUCUAAUGUAGCCAUUUUUCUGGUUGCAUCUUUUCUACUUCAGUACACCUGGUGUGCUGGGUUAAUGGCUAGUCCUGUAUUGGCUCCAUAAAAACAUGUCUGUGAAACGAGUAUGUAGUGGCUUCUUUCAAAUUGUUAGAUGCUGAAUAUCUGUUCGCUUUUAAAUCCCAAUUCUGUCCCGAUCUUACAGAUGCUACUGUACUUGAAUGGUUAAUAAAACUGCACAGUUCUGUUGGUGGCAGUGGAAAAAAAAAAAAAAGAAGGAAGUCUGGCACAGCACCUGAACUAUCUUUAGAAUAAAUGCACCUUAAUAACAUCUCCAGGAUGGUGUGAUCACUCACCUAGAGCCAGACAUCCUGGAAUGUGAAGUCAAGUGGGCCUUAGGAAGCAUCACUAUGAACAAAGCU